AUGGGCGCAAUCGAGGACCAGGUGCAGAAGCUGCACACCAUUGUCGAGAGCCUUGAGGCGCGUAUCAAGUCCCUGGAGGAGCGCAAGUUCGGCAGUGGUUCCAAGACUGCCGAUGAGGUCCGCAUGAUCCUCAUCGGCCCCCCUGGUGCCGCGAGUAGUGUCAUGCUAACCACACGUUUCCGACCCGCAGGCAAGGGAACCCAGGCCCCCAAGAUCAAGGAGAAGUUCAACUGCUGCCACCUGGCUACCGGUGACAUGCUCCGAUCCCAGGUCGCCAAGAAGACUCCCCUCGGCAGGGAAGCCAAGAAGAUCAUGGACCAGGGAGGUCUGGUCAGCGACGACAUCGUCAUCGGCAUGAUCAAGGAGGAGCUCAACACCAACCCCGAGUGCAAGGGCGGCUUCAUCCUCGAUGGCUUCCCGCGCACCGUGCCCCAGGCCGAGGGCCUCGACGCCAUGCUCCAGGAGCGCAACCAGAAGCUCCAGCACGCCGUCGAGCUGCAAAUAGACGACGCCCUGCUCGUCGCCCGCAUCACGGGCCGCCUCGUGCACCCGGCCUCGGGCCGCUCCUACCACAAGAUCUUCAACCCGCCCAAGAAGGACAUGACGGACGACAUCACGGGCGAGCCCCUCGUCCAGCGCUCCGACGACAACGCCGACGCCCUCAAGAAGCGCCUCGACACCUACCACAAGCAGACCACCCCCGUCGUCGGCUACUACCAAAAGACGGGCAUCUGGAAGGCCAUCGACGCCUCCCAGCAGCCGGGCCAGGUCUGGAAGUCCCUGCUCGACAUCUUUGACGGCGACGCCAAGAAGGCCUCGGGCACCGGCAGCGCCAUCCUCGACAAGCUCACCGGCGGCCGCUAG